AUGAAUUUAAAUACAACUGAACCAACAACAACGACAUCAAACAAUGAACAACAAGAUUAUCAAGCAACAACGUUAAAUUCAGAUAAUUUGACACGUUAUUUUUAUUUACCAAUAUUUCCACCAGCAACAUCAAUGAUAAAAUUGGGUGCCAAUGAUGAUUUAUUAUUAGCUAAUGUACCAAAUAGUCAUCUUGCACAAAAUCAACUAUUACAACGUCAACAAGCUACACAGAUAUCAGAUAGUUUGAUAUUGAACAAUAUCGAUGAUAGUCGAGAACCAUUUUGUUUAUCUGCAAUAGAUAUUAAAGAAUUAUCGACAAGAUUACAAGUUAAUGAAUCAAUUAUUAUAUGCAAUGCUAAUCGAUUACGUGCCAUUUGUGAUCGACUUCUUGAAUUACAUGAAUAUUUUAGAAGAAGAGUACUUGCAAUACAAGAUGUUGCUUUAAACGAACCAACUCUCAAUUCAAAACAAAUGUCUUUAAUAUUAGAAUUUUUCUUACAAAUCGAUGCCGAUGUAUUCUAUAUGAAAACAUGUCGAUUUCGUGAUGCUGAACCAUGUCCAUCAAUAAAAGGUCUUUUCUGUAAUGAUGAAUCACCAAAAGCAAGAUAUAGUAUGGUUCCAUGUGGUACUACUAAUUGUCCAUGUUGUCAUUCCAUAGAAAAUAGUUCAAGUCAUCGUUUUGUCAAUGGUUAUACAACUUAUUUGAAUUGUCCAGCAACAUGUACAACAUCGAAUAUUGUUUUUGUUAUGACAUGUCCAUGUGGUCAAUAUGAAUUUAUUGAUUCAACAUCGGGUACAUUAGCUGAUGCUUUAACUCGUAGGUAA